AUGAAAUAAGUGAAGAAACUUUUUUGGAUGUUAAAGAAAAGUUUUAAAGAUAUUUAAAUAGAGUAAAUAUUUACUAAAUUGCUAUCGAAAUAUAAUUUUGUGUAUAUUAACUUGAUUAUUACUUUUUGAGAAAAGUAUUUUUGUGUGACUAAAGUGAUUUUCCCUACAUUUAAAAAACAAAAAAUCUUUCAAAAUGAUGAUGAUGACGAAUCAUAUUCAUCCAGCAAUAGACAAUUCUCAGCAGCAGUCUCCGCAAUCGAUUGCUGACUAUUUGGCUCAGUUGCUAAAAGAUCGUAAACAAUUGGCUGCAUUACCAAAUGUCUUUACCCAUUUAGAGAGACUUUUGGAUGAAGAAAUUGCUAGAGUGAGGGCUUCAUUAUUUCAAAUAAAUGGUGUACGAAAAGAACCACUUCAGCUUCCAGAACCAGACGGAGAGACAGUGACACUAAAUGAAAAAGUAUAUGUACCAGUAAAAGAGCAUCCAGAUUUUAACUUUGUAGGAAGAAUAUUGGGACCAAGAGGUAUGACAGCAAAACAACUAGAACAAGAGACAGGAUGUAAAAUAAUGGUACGAGGCAAAGGCUCAAUGAGAGAUAAAAAGAAGGAAGAUGCAAACCGCGGAAAGCCAAAUUGGGAGCAUUUAGCAGACGAUUUGCAUGUGCUCAUUACAGUUGAGGACACAGAAAACCGUGCAAAACUUAAACUUCAACGUGCUGUUGAAGAGGUUCAAAAGCUUUUGGUGCCACAGGCAGAAGGUGAAGAUGAAUUAAAGAAAAGGCAAUUAAUGGAGUUGGCUAUAAUCAAUGGAACAUAUAGAGAUUCAAGUACAAAGGCAGCAGCAGCUGCAUGCGAAGAAGAAUGGCGUAGAUUGGCUCAAUCAGCAGCAGAAAACCGUCUAUUAUCACCAGGAAUGCAACAAAUACCAAAUCAGAUGCGCGCAACACAAGGAACACCUCUGGGUGCACCACUUAUUCUUUCACCGCGUAUGUCCGUACCAACGACAGGUGCUAGUCUCCUCUCAAGUCAACCAACACUCGAUCAUUCGGGCUUAAUAUAUGCCGCAGCUCCAUUUACUGAUUACACAAAUUAUGCAGCACUUGCAGCAGCUGGAAAUCCUCUAUUGACAGACUAUGCUGAUCAUACUGUAGGUGCAUUAAAAACACAACGUCGAUUUGUCAGUCGAGAGCAUCCAUAUCAAAGGGCCGGAGCACUGUCAUAAAGAUUCUCAUAAAUAGUUUCUCUCACAUUGAAUUAGUUUAAAUGAAAGUUCUUCCUUAUUAACAUACACACCUGCAAAAUGAAAGAGUUCAAUAUUUUAUUUAAUCAUCAUCGACAAAUUCAUACAAACAAAAACAAAAGUAAAAAUAGAACAAAAUUUGAAAUAUUUUUCAUGCCAUUACAAAAAAAUAUGAAAAAUUCAAAUCAUAGAUUGGUGGUGCUGUUGGGCCCUUUGCUCAUAAUGACUCAAAUAUGUGUUUUGCCCAAGCACUAACAUCUAAAAACAAAAAAUAUGUAUUUAAUUCGUAUGUAUCUUUAUUGCUCUUUUAUUUACUACAUCCAGCCAUCUCUAAAACAAAUCGUCACGUUCAUUUACUACUACCACUACUCCUAC